GGUGUAGAACUCAAUAACAAUCAAAUGCCUCAGACCAGCAGAGUAAUUCCAGGAGAAACAAAGAAGAGAUUUGUGUUUAGGACUCCCGGAUUGCUACAGUUUUCAGGGUUACUUUGAUCACAUUUUUUGGGCUGUGCACCUGUCUUGCUAAAAGUUUGAAACUGGACACCACUUUUCAUAUACAGUAUAUUGAGAGUUAUAUACUGUUUCCCUUGUGUUUAUUUAUCGAAAUAUGGAUUGUCUUUAGGAAUUUCUGAUUUAAUACUUGAAAUGUGGUAUUUUUAGCCUGCUCGAUGGUGAGCGAAGCUUUACUCGCUCUGUCGUCUGGGGAUUGCAGAAAUGAGCUAACCUUUAUAAAUUGACUUCAGAAACACUGCUUGAGAUGUGGUGUUUAUUUUCAUUCUGUUGGAAGUAUCUCGUUAGUGAAAAGUUUAAUUUUAGGGAGGGAGAUUAUGUUGCACUUCUGUAAAUAAUGCACUGAUGGCUGGUUUUGUGUCUGCCUUUCAGGAAAAAAAUGAAACAACAAGCAAACGUUGUGAAUUUUCGGUAACAAGCUUGAGGAACAAGAUUGAACUGAUGUACAAAGCAGAAAUGUGACAGAAUUUAUAAAGUUAUUUUGAAUGGUUUUAGUCCUAUAGCAGGUGUCAUUUGUUUGCCUCUUUCUCUGGCCAUUCUGUAUAAACAUGCACACGUAAGGAAUGCUCCGUUUCUAGAGGAUUGGAGUUGGAUAAGUGAUUGUUCCUCCUAGGAAGGAGGAGGACUGCUUCUCGAGAAGCAGGGAGUCUUGCAUGCGUAAUGACUUCAUCUUGCUUUCUUUAAAAACACCCCUUGUUCACCUGUACUGCAGAGCAACCAAUGUUCUAAGUGAUCGUUUGAAAUACUUAGAAAUAUAUUCAGCACCUUUGAUUAAAAACACCUUUCUGCUUUUACCUGUGUUAGGAAGAGGGAGGGCAUUUAACAAGGAAGCUGAAGAGAAGAAUCACCUGUUUCUUUCAAUGGGAACUGAAUAUAUCUGGUCUGUUGGAACAGUUAGCAGUAAAUCUGAGUGCACAUGGAAACUACCUUCUUUGAGGGUAGUCCUGCUGCUCACCUUACAGAGAAAACAGUUAGGCUCUCUGGGAUGAUUCUUUUACCAAACAAUUUUUCAUCCUGCAUUUUUCCUGAUGAGCAUGGGAUUAGCCCACGGAAAAAUAGCAAAACCCCUCAUCUGUUGCUGAUAUACCUGACUUUUCAGUGAGCUCUCAUCUUCUGACCUCUGUCACGAGGUUUCUAUCUGCAUACUUGCAUACUAUGAUUUUGACUGCGGCUGGGUUUGGGCCUUUUGUUCUUUCCCCCCAGUCAGGCCUAGCAAAACACCUCACUGCCACGAUUCAUCAUCCUAGAGAUGCGCUGUUGACAAGCCCAGAGCCUUUUGGAGUUGGUUUUCCCUGCUCUGUUCUUCGGAUGAAAGUAUAAAUGGAAUGUGGUCAAAGAAUGGGUCAGGAGCAGGACUGUUUGCGGGAGGUGACGCUCUCCACCCAAAGGCUGCGGGUGCUGCCUCCAGCAGUCCUCAGUAACCCCGCUCUGGAAAGCCUUGACCUCGACAGGAACAAACUCAGGAGCAUCACCGGCAUCUCUAAACUUGGCAACCUGAAGAAGCUCAUCAUAUCCAAGAACGAGAUUGUGGACUUUCCCACUGAAAUCCAGAGCCUGAUCUAUUUAGAGAAGCUUGAACUGAAUCAGAAUCAAAUCCGGGUCAUCCCAGAGGGCAUCUUCUGCCAUCUCCCCAGGCUUAAACACUUGCGGCUGAACAACAACCGUCUUGGUGCUCUUCCCAGGGACCUGGCAGCUUGUCGAGGCAGCCUCCAGUACCUCAACAUCUCCAACAACCUGUUCCGAACCUUCCCCCAGCCCGUCCUGCAGCUGGCGAACCUACAGGAGCUCCACGUGCAGAACAAUGCCCUUCGCCAGCUCCCCAGGGAGCUCUUCCAGGGACAGUCCCUGAAAAUGUUCAAGGCCAACGGGAACCCGCUCAGGGAGCCCCCCACUGAGGUCUGUGCUGGUGGCAUCCAGCAGAUCCUGAAUUAUUUCAACCAGCUUCAACACGGUUCGGGACAGGAGGACAAGAGGAUCAAGACCAUGUUCCUGGGCGCCUCGCUGGCUGGGAAAUCUACCAUCUGCAAAAGCCUGAAGCAGAGGCAAGCCAAACUGGUGCCCAAGGAAGAACGAACAGUUGGGAUAGAGAUCAGUGAGUUUCGGAUUGAAGACUUCACCUUUCUCUUCUGGGACUUUGCUGGCCAGCUGGAGUAUUACAUGACGCACCACGUGUUCAUCACGCCACAGGCACUCGUCAUCCUUGUCAUCAACCUCCACAUGUACCAAACUAACGAUGAUGCUUUCAAGGACCUUGUUGGUUUCUGGAUCAACAACCUGUUCAUGCGAGUCCCAAACUCUGUGGUGCUUCCUGUGGGAACCCACGUGGACUGCUGUCAGAAGCAAGAGGUGGAGGAGAAGAGGUCCAACAUCAUGGCCAAGAUCACGGCCAUGCUGGCGGAGAGGAAGAGCAACCUCACUCACUUCAUCAACAAUCUGGAGGACAGUGAGGAUCCUGAGGUUUAUGUGGACCAGUGGGAGAGGCUGAAGGAGAUGGAGAGUUGCACGUUAACCAUCUUAGACCUGGUUGCUGUCAACUGCACAGAUCACCGCGAUAUCAGAAAGCUCGAAGCCACAAUUCUGGAACACGUGAAGAAUGAGGAGCUAUUCCCUGAGGUUGUCCGCGUGCUGCCGCCCGUCUACCGGGAGGUGGAAGCUGCCAUUGUGGGUAUCACCCAGAGUGAGGAGAUGGCAGACCACGGCAUGAUGGACCUCCAGUACCUGCUCAGCAAACUCUCCCAGCGACAGCACCUGGCCAACCUGGACAGAGAGCUUCUCCAGGACAUCCUGCGCUACCUCCACCGCAUUGGCCUUCUCGUGUGGUACGAAGAAAUCAAGCACCUGGAAAGCACUGUCUUUCUGCAGCCCACCUUCCUAAUAACUACGUUCAAGCUCCUCGUGAGGGACCGCCUGGUCCAGCAGCUGGAGAGCAUCUCUGUGGACAUGCUGAUAGCGGAACGUGCCACCAUCAGGGACAGGUUCAACUGGGUGUGGGCCUUCAAGUCAAAGGCAAUGCUGUGCCAUCAGGCAGUGCGUGCUUUGGUGAAGUACCAGCUUUGUUCGGAAGGGAUGCAGAACAUCUUUGAGGAGAUCAUGGGGGACAAGACCCACAGGGGGAAAGGGAAGCUUUUCAGCCUUCUGGAGCACUUUGAGCUCUGCCUGGAGGUGAGGCAAGCCAAAGCACUCAAUCCUCAGGCCAGUGAGUUUGUGCCCGGGAAGACAUGGGAGAGAACACAGGACCAAGGCGAGUCCUGGUACUUGUUCCCAACCUACCUAAACCAGACUGAAGAGGUCGCUGAGGUGUGGGGAGGAGAUCACUGCGAGGACCUCCACAUCCGUACCUACUUCUCACCUGAGAUACCCGAGGGCUUCUUCCACAGGUUCCUUGUGAAAGCUUGCUCCUUCUACUCCACGCAUUGGGUGGCCAAGUCGACCUGCCUGCUCGUAUGCAAUGGCAAACCUCUGCUGAUUAAAGAGAACAACCAGCGGGCGUACAGCUACCUGGAGCUGAGGUGCAGGAAGCCAGCAAGAGCAACAGCAUUCCAGUUCGCUUGGGACUUCCUCAUGGCGGUUGUGUUUAUCAUCCAGAAGCUCUCCGAUGAGUGGCCAGGGCUGCACAUGUGUGUGAAGACCCCUUGCCGCACGGCCGGCUGUCCCGCAGAGCUCAUCUGGCCAGACAUGGAUGGCAAAGCCCCCAUGACAAAGGAAGAUGUUAAAACUUGUGGAACCUGUGGGCAUCGGUUUGCUGCAGAGCUGCUCUUACCCAAAGUGCCCGGGCAGCCGGAAGCAUCCCCAACGCAGCCCCCUGUCCACUACUAUGUGACCAGCUACGGCACCACCACCUUUGGGCCCAGCAGCAUCCACGUCACCCGGCAGAACAUCACCAGUGAGUGACUGCAGGCCAGUGGGGAGGGAUGCUCCCAUGGAAGACAAAAGAAGUGUUUUAAGCUGAAUUUCAAGCUCUCCUCAGCACGUUGAGCUUACAAGUAUUGCUUGCAUCCUUACUACAGGGCAAUAAAUGCAUAAAUAACUGUG